GUUGAGAACCACUGAUCUGGAGGAUUGUAUGAUGUGGAAAUGGAUGGCUUUAACAGAAAGCGUAAAUUGAAGACACCAUUAGAAAUCAAUGGAGCUCAUUAAUUUAGUAUUUAAACAAGUGCACCCCACAGAAUUCACACCUCACCUCAUGCAAAGGGCAUCAGUUGAGAGGGGGCCAGCAUAAUUUUAGGGAUAUGUACCCACAGAAAAACUCUUCAAAGGUCUUCCUUCCCAGAAUUAAAUCUUUUGUGACAAAUCUUGACUCUGUAUUUUUCCAUGAUAAAGGAAGAGCUGCCCCAGUAAUUCCUUAGAGCGUUUGACUGCAAUAUUUGGCCUUUCUUUGAGGGGCUGAGAAGUCUUCCCCUGCACCCCAAGACCCUGGGCAGAUGCUCCCAAACUCCCUAGUUUUCUGACAAGGUGGAGAAAAGUAGAACAGCUCUGCCAAAGUGCAGGAAAGACUGAUCCUCCAGUCCAGAGGUUGCAGGUGCUCCAUCGCUGGAGAUUCUUGAAAAAGCACCUUUGGGGUGUCCAUCCCUGGAGGUUUUCAAGAAGAGAUUGGUAGAGGCCUUCCUGCUGGAGCAGAGGGUUGACUAGAAGACCUUCCGGGUCCCUUCCAACUCUGCUUUUUUGCAUUCUUCUCAGCCUACCGCUCCAUCAGGAGGGAAGUGCGCAGGCGCGGAACCCAAUUCACUCCGGCCGUGUUUCCCGGUCGGAGCUCGGAAGUGAGGACGCGCGCCGUGCGGGGGACUUCCAUGAGGUCGGACAGGAUUUCCGGCAAAGAAAUCCGGGGUGGGAGGGCGCAAGAUGGAGCAAGUGACCGAAGGGACGUGGGAAUCGCUGCCCGUGAAGCUCAGCCCGGGCGUCCUGCAGGCCUUGCGGGAACUGUGCUUCUCUCACAUGACGCCCGUGCAGAGUGCAACCAUCCCUUUAUUUAUGACCAAUAAAGAUGUGGCAGCUGAAGCAGUAACCGGCAGUGGAAAAACGCUAGCAUUUGUCAUUCCCAUCAUAGAAAUACUUCUCCGGCGUGAGGAAAAGCUUAAAAAAAUGCAGAUUGGCGCGCUUAUCAUCACUCCCACCAGAGAGCUUGCUAUCCAAAUAGAUGAGGUGAUCUCCCAUUUCAUUAAAUAUUACCCACAGUUUAGUCAGUGCCUUUUGAUUGGUGGGAAAAAUCCCAUGGAAGAUGUAGAAAGAUUCAAAGAACGAGGCGGAAACAUCUUGGUGGCCACCCCAGGUCGUUUGGAGGACAUGUUCAGGAGGAAAUCCGAGGGGCUGGAUUUGGCCAAGGCUGUAAAAUCUCUUGAUAUUUUGGUCUUGGAUGAAGCAGAUCGACUGCUGGACAUGGGGUUCGAAGCCAGUUUGAACACUAUCCUGGAUAUACUGCCCAAGCAGAGACGGACAGGUCUCUUCUCUGCAACUCAGACCCAGGAAGUGGAGAACUUAGUGAGAGCAGGACUCCGAAACCCCGUCCGUAUCUCAGUGAAGGAGAAGGGAAUGGCAGCAAGUAACACCCAGAAGACUCCCACUCGGCUCCAGAAUUAUUACAUGACCUGCAAGGCGGAUGAGAAAUUUAACCAGCUGGUUCACUUCCUUCGUCAACACAAACCAGAAAAGCAUCUUGUCUUUUUCAGUACCUGUGCUUGUGUGGAAUAUUAUGGGAAGGCUUUGGAGUCUUUGAUUAAGAAUGUGAAAAUUAUGUGCAUCCAUGGAAAGAUGAAACACAAGAGGAAUAGGAUCUUUACAGAGUUCCGGAAACUUCCAAGCGGCAUCCUGGUUUGUACCGAUGUGAUGGCCCGUGGCAUAGACAUCCCGGAGGUGAACUGGGUUUUGCAGUAUGACCCACCGAGCAGUGCAAGCGCUUUUGUGCAUCGCUGUGGCCGCACCGCCCGUAUCGGCCAUCUGGGCAGCGCGCUUGUCUUCUUGCUUCCUAUGGAAGAAGCUUACAUCAGUUUCCUAGCCAUUAACCAAAAGUGCCCCAUGGAGGAACUGAAACCGCAGAGGAACGUCACGGAUCUCCUACCUAAGCUGAAGUCGCUGAGCCUGGCUGACAGAGCCAUGUACGAAAAAGGGAUGAAGGCCUUCGUGUCCUGCGUCCAAGCCUAUGCAAAACACGAGUGCAACCUGAUCUUCCGAAUAAAAGAUCUGGACUUUGCCAGCCUAGCCCGAGGUUUUGCCCUCUUGAGGAUGCCAAAGAUGCCGGAGCUGAGAGGCAAGGACCUCUCGGGCUUUGCCCCCGUUGAUAUUGACACGGACUCGAUCGCGUUCAAAGACAAGAACAGGGAAAGACAGAGGCAGAAGCUGUUGGAGCAGUGGAAGGAAGAGGGUCCAGUCCGCAGAGUGGGGAGGAAGACGCCCCGAAAUCAAGCUUGGUCCAAGCAGAAAGCAAAGAAGGAGAAGAAGAGGAAAUUGAUGGCAAAAAGGAAAAGGGAGGAGGGUUCUGACCCCGACAACGAAGAUAUGGAGGAGCUUCUGAAUGACACCCGGCUUUUGAAAAAGCUCAAAAGGGGUAAAAUCAGCGAGAAGGAGUUUGAGAAGACGCUGCUGGGCAGUAGGGAAGGAGGAAGUGGCUCAGACUCAGAAGGAUAAAAAGAUGAAGUGAAAAUCUGAGCGUUUCUCGUCUCACUAAUACGGACUCUUUUGCGAGCAGUACUGAAUUCCUUCACUUUCCGGAUUUCUCCAUGCAAAAUUAGGGUUCACCAAGCUGCUCCCCCUUUUCUUCCCACUGGAGGACUUGCAAGCCAACUCUGCAGAAAGAAUCGAAGGAUCAGCCUGUCUAAUUCAGUUAUUGUCUGCUUUCAAUGGAAGCCAAUGACUUAGAGACAUUAUUUAGCCUCUGCCGUUAAAACAUGCAGGUCUAAAAAGCAAUGAAACCUAAGCAAGAAUGUUUCUCAGAGAGGGACCUAUUUUUUUUUUUACCUGCAUGUAAAUUAAAUGGAUCCAACCCUUGACUUUGCCGCCAUCUUAACUUUUUGGAGGAUACAUUUUGAGCUACGUGCUACUGCAGCAUAUCUCAAGUCAGCAGGUGGAGCAGAAAAUAUAUGAUGAAACCUUGGUUUUUCUUCGGGCGAAUUUAUUCCAAUAAUUUACUUUACGGUCGGCACAGUGAGCUUUUUUCUUUUUUUUUGUACAAAUGAAUUUUUUUUAAAAAAUAAAAAUCCACAAAACAAAGGG